GCUGGGGCGCCCCGGACUCACCCUGCGCACCGCACCCUCAGGCGCGGCCUCUCGGCACCAUGCCCGGCCUGUACUGCCCCUCCAGCUGGACGCCGCUGCCCCUCACGGACUCCUGGGUCCGGGCCAGCGCCAACGGACCCUGCCUCAGCCUGCGGGCGCGGCUCACCUACCACAACCCGCAGCCGCAGCCGGUGGACGGCGUGUUCGUGUACCCGCUGGCCGAGGCCGAGGUGGUAUCCGGCUUCGAGGCCGAGGCGGCCGGACAGCGCGUCUCCUUCCAGCUGCAGAGCCGGCGCCGCUCGCAGGCCGCCUGCUGCCGCGCGCUGGGCCCCGGGUUGGGGGCCGCCACGCCCCGCCGCUGCGCGCAGGGUCAUCUUGUCUUGGAUCUGGCCCAGGCCCGGUCCACGCUGGUGCUGCCCACAGGCCUUAUCGCUGCGGCUGGCACCAUGACAGUGACCCUGCACAGCAGCCGGGAGCUGCCCUCAAGGCCUGACGGGGUGCUGCGUGUGGCCUUGCCCACUGUGCUCACCCCGCUGGCCCUGCCAGGCCCACCAGGGCCCCCCAGGCCUCCGGGGCUCUGUGACGACAGUGGCCCAGUGACCCUCCUCGUGCUCCCUUCCAGCCCCACCAGCUGCUUCGGGGUGGGCAGCCCUCAGGAGGAAGGGGUGCCCUGGGAGGAGCCGGCUGCCCCUCUGGACGUGUUCUCAGGUCCUGCCCGCUGCCCUGCCCCAUAUACCUUCUCCUUCGAGAUGCUGGUGACUGGGCCAUGCCUGCUGGCAGGCCUGGAGAGUCCCUCUCAUGCCCUGCGAGCAGAUGCCCCCCCACAUGCCAGCUCUGCGGCAACCAUCUGUGUCACACUGGCAGAGGGCCACCGCUGUGAUCGGGCCGUGGAGAUCCUGCUGCACCCCAGUGAGCCACAUCAGCCACACUUGAUGCUGGAGGCGGGCAGCCUGAGCUCAGCAGAAUACGAGGCCCAGGUGAGGGCCCGCCGUGAUUUCCAGAGGCUGCAGCGCAGGGACUGUGAUGGGGACCGGCAGGUGUGGUUCCUGAAGCGGCGCUUCCACAAGGACAUCCUGCUGAACCCCGUGCUGAUGCUGAGCUUCUGCCCAGACCUGAGCUCCAAGCCUGGACACCUGGGCACAGCUACUCGGGAGCUCCUCUUCCUGUUGGAUGGCAGCAGUGCAGCACACAAGGAUGCCAUUGUUUUAGCUGUGAAGUCUCUCCCCACCCAGACACUCAUCAAUCUCGCCAUGUUUGGGAUGUCGGUGCAACCGCUGUUUCCAGAGAGCCGGCCUUGCAGUGAUGACACUGUGCAGCUGAUCUGUGACAGCAUUGAGACCCUACAGGCUGUGAGUGGUCCUCCAGACGUGCUGGCUGUGCUAGACUGGGCCAUGGGGCAGCCCCAGCACAGGGCCCACCCUCGGCAGCUGUUCCUGCUCACUGCUGCCUCACCCCUGGCUGCCACCACUCAUCAAACCCUGGAGCUCAUGAGGUGGCACAGGGGGGCAGCCAGGUGCUUCUCCUUUGGUCUGGGGCCCGCCUGCCACCAGCUGCUGCAGGGUCUGUCUGCCCUCAGCAGGGGCCAGGCCUACUUCCUGAGGCCCGGGGAGAGGCUGCAGCCCGUGCUGGUGCAGGCUCUGAGGAAGGCACUGGAGCCCGCUUUGAGUGACAUCUCUGUGGACUGGUUUGUGCCCGAUGCUGUGGAGGCGCUGCUGACCCCCCGGGAGAUCCCAGCACUCUAUCCUGGGGACCAGCUGCUGGGUUACUGCUCACUCUUCAGGGUGGAUGGCUUCCGGCCCCACCCACCAGGGGGUCAAGAGCCUGGCUGGCAGAGCUUGGGUGGGUCUGUGUUCCCAUCCCCAGAGGAGGUGCCAUCUGCUGCCAGCCUUGGCACGGAGCCCACUGGCACCUCGGAGCCCCUGGGAACAGGCACUGUGUCAGCAGAGCUGUCCAGCCCAUGGGCUGCUGGGGACUCAGAGCGGAGUACCGAUGCUCUGACAGACCCAGUCACAGAUCCUGGACCCAACCCCUCCUCUGACACAGCCAUAUGGCGCCGCAUCUUCCAGUCCUCGUACAUCCGGGAGCAGUAUGUGCUCACCCACUGCUCUGCCAGCCCCGAGCCAGGCCCGGGCUCCACAGGCAGCAGUGAGUCCCCAGGCUCCCAGGGCCCUGGAUCCCCUGAGGGUAGUGCUCCCCUGGAUCCCCCUUCUCAGCAGGGCUGCCGCAGCCUGGCCUGUGGAGAACACGCAGGCUCCCGCUCCUGCCCCCUGCCUGCGCCCCCACCAGCUCCAUUCAAGGCAGGGGCCUUGAGUACUGAGGUGCUGGGCCGUCGGCGCAGGGUGGCUCUGGCUGGCCGAAGCCUCUCAUCCCCUCCAGGCCGGGCAAACCCAGUCUCUGGUCGACCCCAGCACCCGUCUCUGGGUGCAGCACCAGAUGGGCCAGGCCCCGAGCCAGGCCAACAAUUGGGACAGGGCCUGGAUGACUCAGGAAACCUGCUCUCCCCAGCCCCCCUGGACUGGGACAUGUUGAUGGAACCACCCUUCUUGUUCACGGCCAUGCCCCCCAAUGGGGAGUCAGCCCCUCCUGCAGUGCCACUGCCUCCCCAGGCUCCACGCUGCCAUGUGGUGAUUCGGGCCCUGUGUGGGGAGCAGCCUAUGUGCUGGGAAGUGGGUGUUGGGCUGGAGACACUGUGGGGGUCUGGGGAUGGCUCACAGCCUCCGGCACCCCCUGUAAAAGAAGCUGCUUGGGACCAAGCACUCCACCGGCUGACGGCAGCCUCUGUGGUCCGGGACAAUGAGCAGCUGGCUCUCCGAGGAGGGGCCGAGACCACAGCUGACCAGGGCCAUGCCCGGAGAUGCUGGCUCCGAGCCCUUCAGACAAGCAAGGUCAGCUUCGCCCCCUCGUGCUUCACCUGCCCUGUAGCUGUGGAUGCUACCACUAGGGAGGUCCUGCCCGGGGCCCUGCAGGUGCAGAGCUCAGAGCCAGCUGAGCUCCCAGGCACCCCUCCCACCUCUCAGAGCCAUCUAGAUGCAGCUUCUCUGCUCACACUUAUCCACUCUAAAGGACUUCAGGGAGGCUCUCCAGCAGGUGCCUGGCACUCAGACCAAAAUGGCAACUCCAAGACUGCUUUAGGGGACCCUGUAACCCCUGCAGGAGGUCCUCACCGCCCACCCCCGCAGCCUCCCUCUAGGCUCAGUCUGGGCCGCCGUCGCAGACUCUGCAGCCCUGACCCAGGCCAGGCCAGUGACGGCAACAGUGAAGGAAGUGACCAUGACUACCUGCCCUUGGUGCGGCUGCAGGAGGCGCCCGGCUCCUUCCGCUUGGACGCACCCUUCUGUGCUGCGGUUCGCAUCCCGCAGGAGCGCUUGUGCCGCGCCUCGCCCUUUGCGGUGCACCGUGCCAGCCUCAGCCCCACCUCAUCCUCGUCUCCCUGGGCACUUCUGGGCCCUGGUGUUGGCCAGGGUGACAGCGCCACGGCCUCCUGCAGCCCCUCCCCCAGCUCGGGCUCUGAGGGUCCAGGCCAGGUGGACAGCGGACGGGGCUCAGACACUGAAGCCUCAGAGGGGGCGGAAGGGCUGGGUGGUACCGACCUGCGCGGCAGGUCCUGGGCCACUGCUGUGGCACUUGCCUGGCUGGAGCACCGCUGUGCUGCCGCCUUUGGGGAAUGGGAACUGACAGCGGCCAAGGCUGAUUGCUGGCUGCGGGCCCAGAACCUUCCCGAUGGCCUUGACCUGGCCGCCCUCAAGGCCGCAGCCCGAGGGCUCUUCCUGCUGCUGCGCCACUGGGACCAGAACCUGCAGCUACACCUGCUGUGCUACAGCCCGGCAAACGUGUGACAGCUGCCCACUGCUGCUCGGGCUGGCGCCUCCUAAGUACUCAAGUCACUGCCACCCAGGGCCCCCCUCUCAGUGCUGGGACGGGAUAGGCUGGUGUCAGCCUGUCCCCACUGCUUCUUACUCCCUUUCCAGAGUCUCACCCCCACAAAAAGUGCCUGCCUGUGCUCUCUCCCACUCCUCUCACACCAUGCCCCUUGCCCUCCCUGCUCUAAUCUGCUCCUCCACCCAACCCAGUCCCCCUUCUCCUCUAUCCUCUGAGCUUCAUGCAGCACAGUGGAAGGGGAGAGAGCCAGUUCCCAAAUCCUAUGCAAUA